AUGAGUCCGUUCCCGAUAGAACGCGGCUUCAUUCACCAGCUGAUGCAGAAACUGGAAGAAACCAUCAUCGACGAAGUCAAGAACACAUGUCGACUGCGAAAUAGUCCUACAGCCAAUACUAUCGUGUUCCUGGAAUUCCAGACGAGAGUCCAUCGCACAACCCAACGUCAACAGAUUAUCCUGGCCGUGGAACUGGAGGAUGAUGUUAAAAAUCAAUACAUCACGCUGCGCAAGAAAUUCCCGGAUGAAGACAUCGGAUUCGCGCCGAAUGGUCCAGCACAUCUCGAACAGUUAAUGCUUCAGAUCGACAACCCCGACCAAUCCAGUCCGACCGUCAAGGGUGAGAUCGGCAUCGUCGAGGCAGGAGAGUACUCGCACUCGAUACAUUGCGACGUAACGAUGACCCGAGUGGAAGAGUCGGGGAUUGAACUCUAA